AAUUUUCGGAAAAUUAUCUAAAUUUGAACCGAAUUUGAUUUGACAACGUUUUAAAAUUAGGAUAAACUUAUCUUUUAACCUUAAAAAGUCCCAUUUGAGCGACUCACCUUGCGCUCUGAUUCCAAUGCGCUGGUGCGGAAGAAUCUCCCAUAUUUAUUACGGUUGAAAUCUUUUGUCAAACGAGGGGCUACAAUCUUUACCGACUUUACCGAAAGGUAAGGAAACGUCAGAAUAUAAAUGAAUUAUAAGGAGUGUCUUAUGAAAGACCAGCUUUUUAACAGGAAAAUCCUUUUUUCCUUAUUAGCUGUUGUAAUGUGUUUAGGGUUUACAGCAAUGAGUUAUGGUCAAGCCGUCGUUUCUGUAGAUCCUGCUGAAGUAGAAUCCCCAGCAGUUGGGGAAGAACUCAUGGUGAACAUUAACAUAGCAGGUGGUGCCGGUGUUGCUGGAUAUCAAGUAACCGUGAACUUUGACCCAACUGCACUUAGUUAUGUUUCUGGUGGGAACGCAGACUAUUUGCCCGCAGGUGCCUUUGCAGUACCAGCUACUACGACUGAUAGUAGUGUUACAAUCGCCGGAACUUCUUUGACAGGACCUGCCCCAGAUGGUGAUGGCACACUCGCUACAGUAACAUUUACAGUUGUUGAGGCAAAACCGUCCGCUAUCAGUUUGACGGAUCUUACCCUCGCCGAUGCCACUGCUAAUGCUUUAGAUGCUACAACUAUGGAUGGCAUGGUUACCGUCGCUGGUGCUGAGCCAGCACCCGCCGAAGAAGCACCUGCGGAAGAGCCAGCUGCUGAAGAGGCACCCGCAGAGGAAACUCCAGCGGAAGAGCCAGUUGCUGAGGAAGUCCCUGCCGAAGAGGUAGCUCCUGAAAUGCCGGUGAGCCAGAUGUUCGAGAUUACCCUCACGAACCUCACUACUGGUGAACCCGGAGCAGGUGGACAAGUCCUCUCACCACCCAUCUUUGUGACGCACGCUGCCGGUAUAAACCUUGCCGAAGUCGGUCAACCAGCGAGCCCUGCCCUUGUGGCUCUUGCUGAAAAUGGAGAUGCUUCAGGCCUCGUUGCACUCGCAGCUGCUGCUGGCGCGAACAGCAUGGUCGCUGAGGGUGUGGUUCCUCCCGGUGGAUCCCUUACUGUCACCGUGACGGCUGACAUGGUAAACUCUUCGCUCUCUGUAGGUUCCAUGCUCGUGUCAACAAAUGAUGCCUUCAUCGCGGCUACCGAUGUAGCACUUUUUGAUGAGGAUGGCGCACCUGUGUCGGCGAGUCUCGAUUUAAACGCUUAUGAUGCCGGUAGUGAAGAGAACACAGAAAUGGCUUCUGAUAUUCCGGGUCCGCUCGCUUUAGAUGCCGCUGUUGAUCCAGAAGGGAGCAAUGAGCGGGUUCCGACCGAAGGUGGUGUCAUAGCAGCACACGAAGGUAUUCAAGGCGGGGCUGAUGUCGGUGAAGCGUUUGCGUGGGAUGAACCCACAGCAAUGUUGAUGAUCACGCCUGUUGAGGCCCCCGCAGAGCCAGUUGUAGAAGAACCGAUUCCAGAACCGGUCGUAGAAGGUCCUGGUUUUGAUGUAACGCUCGAACCGGGUUUGAACAUGGUUUCUAUUCCGUUGAUGCCGGCAGAUCCCUACACAGCGAAAUCGUUGGCAGAAAUGUUGGGUGCAACGGUUGUGAUCCAACUCGAUGCUGCGACCCAGAGUUUCACGGGUUACACGGUAGCUGAUGAAGGUGACGGUUUUGGUAUUGAUGGUGGCAAGGGUUAUAUUGUGAAUACUCCUGCUGGAGGCAUGGUGAAGUUCACAGGUGAUGCGUGGGACAACCAGCCUGAGCCGGAAGAAGCACCUGCUGAAGAAGCACCCGCCGAGGAAGUUGCUGAAGAACCAGCCGCUGAGGAAGAAGCACCCGCCGAGGAAGUUGCUGAAGAACCAGCUGCUGAAGAAGAAGCACCCGCUGAAGAGGUUGCUGAAGAACCAGCCGCUGAGGAAGAAGCACCCGCCGAGGAAGUUGCUGAAGAACCAGCCGCUGAGGAAGAAGAAGCACCCGCUGCACCUGCGCUCUCAACCUAUAAAAGUGCGUGGGCGUUCAUCGUUACCAGCGACAUUCAGGGGAUGGAUACAGGCACAGCAUACACACUCGUUGCUGAGAAUCUCCGCACGGGUGUUAUCGCCACGGAGAAUGUCACAAACGCAGCGAGACGUUCGUCUGCUGUCUGGGCAGACCUGAACCGCAAGAGUGUUGUUGAAGCAGGCGAUAGACUCAAAGUCGCCCUUUACGACGAUCGUGGUAGCAUCGUAUCAGGUCCGUUCCAACGCACGGUUACGACGAUGGAUAUUCGCAAUGCGUUCCUGAGUCUACAACUGAAUGUUGGAGAUGUGCAGCCGCAAGACACGCUUUUGGCGCAGAACUUCCCGAAUCCGUUCAAUCCAGAAACGUGGAUUCCGUAUCAGUUGAGUAAAGCGACAGAAGUGAAGAUCGAUAUAUAUGAUAUAUCGGGUCAUUUGGUUCGUUCACUGGAUUUGGGAUGGAAGCCGUUAGGUUCGUAUAUGACACCGUCAGGUGCUGCGUACUGGGAUGGUAAGAACGCAGUAGGCGAGCGUGUAGCGAGUGGUAUCUACUUCUAUACGCUACAGACAUCAGAUUUUGCUGCGACCCGACGGAUGGUUAUUCUCAAGUAGAUAUAGCAGCGAAAAUGCUUUUUGGCGAAGCUUGCGAGCCAAAACUUACUAUUGAAAAAUAAAACGCCCCAAUGUGCCGGUUGAGCUAACCGCGAAUCAACGCCGAUUAGCAGUCGGUGUUGGGGCGUUUUUUAAUGUGUACACUAAGGGAGAAGUUUUUUGAGUUAUCUAAAAAAUAGUUUACCUGUUUGGGCAGUGCUUGUGUUACUUUUCGUUGCAAGCACCGGCAAUGUAUUCCCUUUCUCUUCCGGUCCACUGGAUGAGAAAACGGGAGCCCCCAAUGAAGAAACUUGUGCACAAGCAGGGUGCCAUGCCGGUAAUGACCUCAAUGUCUCAAGUGGCUCACUGAUGCUGGAAAUUCCUGAAAUAUACAUACCGAAUGAGGUGUAUACGAUUGUUGUUAAUUUGUCGCGCGCCGGGCAGAGUCGAUGGGGGUUUGAAAUGACUGUGCUAGAUGCCGAUGGCGAACGUGCUGGUUCAUUUGCCGCCGAUGCCGCAGCAAACACACAGUUAUCCGAAACAAACGCUAAACAGUACAUUAAGCACACUACUAUUGGAACGGCUCAAGGCACAAACGACGCGCACAGUUGGGAAUUUCAGUGGACUGCCCCUGAUGCGGAUAUAGGUCCUAUUACCUUCUAUACUGCCGGAAACGCUUCCAAUGGAAAUUUCAACCCUAUAGAUGAUUAUAUCUACACAAAACAGGCAGAAUCGACACCUCCAGUACCCAUAGUCGCCGGUGUGUCCUUGGAAAUCGUAGGAGACACAGCACUCUCUACAAUGGAUACCGUCGCAGGUGUAAACUAUACCCUCAAAGUAACGAAUACCGGCAAUAUGAUGGACACGAUAAUGCUUGAAGCCUCAGCAGAGGCCGGCAUUGAAGGCAGUGUCCUUGGUGCCCUCAGUGACAGGUCAGUUGAACUU